ACGGCGUCGGCCGAGGCGAAAGCGCGUCGCGUAGCGUCGCGGCGCUCAGGCCCCAGUGCGAGAGGCUGCGCCGCGGUACCACUGGAGGCGGCUAAGGUGGACGCGGCUCGCCCGCAGCCAGACACCAUCCCACGUUGCCCGAAAAAGCGCCAGUGAGGCACCGGCAUCUGCUGUCUGCCCUCAUCAAAGGGGGGAGUGAACCUUCCACAUGAUGCCUCUCGGUCGCAGACGACGUGAGACACUAGCGGCGUCUAAUGAAGCCGACGAGCGCGAUGAAAACAACUCACAGACAAUGCAGUAGACGCUGAUAAGUGGCCUCGCAAAUUUAUGGUGCGGGCCUUAACGCUCAGUCGCUGUCAGCUGCGGUAGAGCCCGGAGCAGCGAUACCAGUUGCAGCCGAGCCACGCCGGCGGGGCAUCCAGCACACGGCGCCCCGUCACACCGCCUGUCGGUCCGAAACAGGGUCUGUGCUACUGGCAGUGUGGAGUUCGCCUGCCUCAUAACAUCAGAAGACGGUAGUGUUCGUGUGCACUGAGAUACCAAGUUACCGCCGUUGAGAUAUGUGAGUGACAAGACGCUUGACUAUCUGUGGUUCUCAUAUGAGUACAAGGCAAACACGCUGUAUUACGAGGGGUAAAGUGAUUUUACACUUAAGUAUUAGCACUAGGACGUGACAACAUCUGAGUAUCACCUACAGAGUACAUAAACCUUCAUAUUAUUAUGUGCUCAGUUUUCUUUGCUCGCCAAUAGUAGCCGCGGGUAUGUUCUUAUGCCCUUCUCGAUAUAAUGCAUCGAUUGUAAUGCCGCUAUCGAUAAAAAAUUCAAGGAACAAUUCAUAAUGAAGGUGUUCUUCAUCUCUUUCAACCGGGUGUCCGAAGAUAUCGAAAACAAGCAGCAGAGAGUUUGUUUCCUUUUGGAUUACCUCGGAUCGAAAACUGAAGCUUGUGUUUUCUGGUAGGAACAGUGUUGAGUUAGACAGAUGCGCUAGUGUUAAACGUAGUAAGAGUUAUAGUAUAUCUGAGAGCGCAGCGCGAUGGGUAUCACGGUUUCGAUAUCGACGCCUCCUCCGGACAUGAACGAGACUCUGGCGGAGGCGCUGCUGAACGAGACUCUGUCGGUGCGCGAGUACCUGGAACUGACGCGCGGGCCCAAACACCUGUCGCCGUGGGUGGUGGUGCCCAUCACCGUCGUCUACUCCGUCAUCUUCGUGACGGGCGUGCUCGGCAACGUGGCCGUGUGCGCGGUCAUCGUACGCUCGCCCAGCAUGCGCACCACAACAAACUACUACCUGUUCAGCCUCGCCAUCUCCGACCUCAUACUGCUCCUGCUAGGUCUGCCCAACGAGGUGAGCGUGUACUGGCAGCAGUAUCCGUGGGUCCUGGGGACAGGCGUCUGCAAGCUGCGAGCGCUCGUCUCAGAGAUGUCGUCGUACGUGUCGGUGCUGACGAUCGUGGCGUUCAGCCUGGAGCGCUACCUGGCCAUCUGCUACCCCAUCUACUCGUACACGAUGAAGGGCCUGCACAGCGCGCUCGGCAUCAUCGCCGUGCUCUGGAUGAUCGCCUUCGUGUCCGCCGUCCCCUUCGCCUACUACACCACCGUCGACUACGUCGAGUACCCUCCAGGUUCUGGGGCGCCGCUGGAGGAGUCGGCGUUCUGCGCGAUGCUGAUGCACAACCUGCCGGCCGGCUACCCGCUGUGCGAACUCAGCAGCGUCUUCUUCUUCGUGCUGCCCAUGACGGUGAUGCUGGUGCUCUACACGCGCAUGGCGCGCGUCAUCUGGCGACCGCGAGCCGUGCCCCGCGGCUCCGUGCGCAAGGACCACAACCGCAAGCCCAUCGUGCGCAUGCUCGCGGCGGUGGUGCUGGCGUUCUUCAUCAGCUGGGCGCCCUUCCACAUGCAGCGGCUGAUGUACAUCUACGGGCGAGAUGCACCCAACUUCGAGGAGAUCAACGAGGUGAUGUACUACGUGACGGGCUGCUUCUACUACUUCUCGGCCACCAUCAACCCUAUCCUGUACAACGUCAUGUCCGCCAAGUACCGCAACGCCUUUCUGCAGACUCUGUGCGGGCGCCAGAAAUCCCGUCCAGGUGGGCGAGGCGAACAGUCCAGCUUCCGCGAGAACACGGUGGUCGGGUACGACGGUUCAGUGAGCCGCGCGAGCACCACGCGCUACUCGGUGUGUCGCGGGACGGCAGCCGCCAGCGACAGGGGCAGCUUGAAGGCGCUGGCAGGUGUCGGUAUAGGCGGCGGGGGCGGCGGAGGCGGCGGGGGCGGCGGUUCCUUGCUGCCGGCGGCGGCCAAUGGCAACGGCGCCGGUGCGGGACGCCAUCUCAGCUGGCGUCGCGACGCCGGGGUCACCGCCAAUGGGCCCGACUGCUCCGUCGACAGGCGCGCCCUGGUCACCGAUGCAGAGACCUGCAUCUGAGGGGGUCGCACGUCGCCGUCGCCGUCGACUACUACAGCUGGUCACUACAGGGCCGAAGUGGCUUUCAUCUCCACGUCGCUCCGAUAAGAACUGAGCUGCCUCGCCGUGUUUGUUUCCUUGGUUGUUCUGUACUAUGCCGAAUCUCCAGAACUGACUCAUAAAAUGGAUGACUUACUUAGAUGAACUUUGUAAAACGCCAACUUUGAAUGUCCUAGACGAAAUUUCGGUGUUAUUCUAAUGUUGGAGGCAUUCCUACGUAAUGUGUCCAUGCAGUAUAGUCUCUGCGCAAAGCUGAAGACAGUCAAGUACCCAGAAAUGAAUGUUAGGGGGCAGACAAGAACAUUCUGUAUAGUCAUUCAAGUAGAGGUGGUACUCUUGACACGAUUGAUUCGCAGUCAUAAGUGCUUUUCAGUAUACUGUUGCGUAGCGCUCUAAAAAUGAAGUGAAACAGAAGAGAAAUCCCAGUUCUGACACACAGCCCAGUGGUCGAGGAUCAGCAGUAGGGCUGCCACGUUUACCGUCCUCAUUACGUGGACAAAUGCCUUUAACAGUGCAGAAACGGAAGUACAACUUCAAACAGCCAAUAUCACCUCUGUACGGUAUUGUGAUCACUGGUUUCAGCAAACUACGUUGCCAUCAUCAGCUCUUCUGAUGUAAAUUUUACUGACUAUUGAACAAAUGCAUGUUAUAUGGUAUCAUACUGUAAAACGAUAUUUCAUGAACACGAGAACAAUAGUAUGUCCUCAAGUCACGUAUAAAAUAACUAUUACAUAAGACAACGUACAUAUUGCAACCUUUAACAGUGUGACAUAGUCCCAAGCAAUGAAUCGAGCCUUAGUAUUAAACAUACUACACUUGCACUACACACUGGCUUCAUGAUACUGACGACACCACAUCUCCACUUCGAGCUGAUUAUAGCCAGUGAAUCUUCCCUUCUCUGCCAUGAUUGGAACUGGCUUGCUCGAACAGAGUGCCUCUGUACUAAAUAGCGUCAGCUACCUUAGAUACAGAGGAGAACGUAGUCUCUACGUAAGGAAACCAAUAUAUGCACAUAGCUACUUCAUAAGGGAAAGGACAACUGGAAACACGUGUCAAUUCUUUGUGGUUUAUGCGAUGACUGUACAAAAUCCGACCCAACAGUGACGGUGCUUCUUCAUACAGGUUGAAUAUUUUGACAAAAGCAACUAGCGGCUUGAAUCUCCCCAACGCAUUUUCCAUGUGCCGUAUCUAUUUGAAGACAUUUUGGAACUAAGAACAAUACAUCCUUUCUACAACCGUAGUGUCCUUCAUAUUUUAUGUUAAAAACAUUCGUCACUCAUCUCCAGUAUCGUAGAAAUCCAGUUUUAACCCAUUAGGGCAUGUAUAAUUUUUGG